UCCUGCGGACGCUCAUCAGAUUCCUCUCCCUCUCCCUCGUGGCUUCCCUCGCCCAAACCCUCGAAUUUCCCACUGUUUUCAGUCGCUCGUCGCUUGUGCUACCCUUUUCCUUCUCCCAUGGGCUCGGAUUCGGAGGCGGAGGCGAUUAAGCGGGCGAAGGUUCUGAUGGUGGGCGCUGGCGGCAUUGGUUGCGAGUUGCUGAAGACCCUCGCGCUUUCUGGCUUUCAGGAUAUUCACAUCAUUGACAUGGACACUAUUGAAGUUAGUAACUUGAAUAGACAAUUUUUAUUUCGACAAAAACACGUGGGACAGUCCAAGGCCAAAGUUGCUAGAGAUGCUGUCUUGAAGUUUGUACCUCACAUUAAUAUAACACCUUACCAUGCAAAUGUGAAGGAUCCCGACUUUAAUGUGGAUUUUUUCAAGCAAUUUAAUGUUGUAUUAAAUGGUCUGGACAACCUAGAUGCUAGACGACAUGUUAAUCGUCUUUGUCUAGCAGCUGAAGUCCCACUAGUUGAAAGUGGCACAACAGGCUUUUUAGGGCAGGUUACUGUUCAUAUCAAGGGUAGAACUGAGUGCUACGAGUGUCAACAAAAACCAACUCCAAAAACUUACCCUGUCUGCACAAUCACCAGCACUCCAUCAAAGUUUAUUCACUGUGUAGUUUGGGCAAAGGACCUGCUUUUUGCAAAAUUGUUUGGCGAUAAAAGUCAAGAGAAUGAUCUCUUUGUACGUAGUAGUGAUGCGUCUGAUUUGGAAAAGCCUAUGGAAGACAUAUUUGAACGAGGCCCAGACGAGGAUCCUGAUCAGUAUGGAAAAAAAAUCUAUGACCAUGUUUUUGGUUAUAACAUUGAAGCUGCUUUGGCUAAUGAAGAAACAUGGAAAAGCAGAAGACGGCCUAGACCAACCUUUCUUAGAGAUGUGCUUCCUGAGAAACUCAUCUUGCAGAAUGGUAACCUUGAAAAAAGCUGCUUGACUGAUGAUUUAUCAUUGUCUGUCAUGCCUUCUCUCGGUUUGAAUAACCCACAGGAGGUUUGGAAUCUUGCUGAGAAUUCAAGAGUGUUUUUAGAAGCAUUACGGUUAUUUAUUGAGAAGCGAGCGAAGGACAUUGGAAGCCUUACUUUUGACAAAGAUGAUCAAAUGGCUGUAGAAUUUGUUACUGCUGCAGCGAAUAUUAGGGCAUCUUCCUUUGGGAUACCUUUACAUAGCCUUUUUGAUACUAAAGGAAUUGCUGGCAACAUUGUGCAUGCUGUUGCAACAACUAAUGCUAUUAUUGCUGGUUUGAUUGUGAUUGAAACAAUCAAGGUGCUCCAGGCUGAUUUUGAGAAUUAUAGGAUGACCUAUUGUCUUGAGCAUCCGUCUAGCAAGAUGCUUUUGAUGCCCGUGGAGCCAUUUGAACCUAACAAAUCUUGUUAUGUGUGUUCUGAGACACCCUUACUUCUUGAAGUCAACACUCGAAACACAACUCUGAGAGACAUUGUUGAAAAGAUAAUAAAAGUCAAAUUGGGGAUGAAUCUUCCCAUGGUAAUGCAAGGUACAACCCUUAUCUAUGAGGAUGGUGAUGAUGUGGAGGAAGAUGUUGCUGCUAAUUAUGCCUUGAACCUCGACAAGAACUUAGCAGAUCUCCCUGCACCAGUUACCGGUGGCACCAUGCUCACAAUUGAAGAUUUUCGGCAGGAGUUGAAGUGUCAUAUAAACAUUAAACACAGGGAUGACUUUGACGAAGAGAAAGAACCCGACCGUAUGGUCUUAUCAGGAUGGACAGCUCCUGAGAAAGUCGAUACAGCUAAAAGUAAUGGAGCAAGCACAUCUGCUGAUCGUCCAAUAAUAACAGAAGCAACAGAGUCUAAAGUGGUUGAUGUAGCUGCAGCAAUGCCUGGCACUAAGAGAAAACUGUCUGCUACAUUAGAAAGAAAAGGAAAUCAAGAAGUCCACGAGGUUCUCUCAGUUCCUGGUAAUGACGACGACGAUGACCUUGUCCUGCUUGAUGACUGCCCCGAGCCAAAUAAGAAACUGAGGUUACAACAUCUUUGAGUUCAUGUAAUGGUGACAUCUAGUUGCAGGCCUAGGUAAACUUAGUCAUUAACUAACUUCUCGACUCAAACUAAUAAAUUGUAAUUGCCCGAAAGUAAUCUAAAUUACCUUACGAAAGUUAGUGUUAGGGUGAUGUAUUUCCAUUGGAACCAUCUCGAGAAGAAUUGCCAAUUCUUUUGAAUCUGAGUAGUCAGUCGUCCAGUUGAUCAUGUCAGGAAUUGUUUGUAAUCUCUUAUUGUUGGAACUUUGUGAAUCUUAUUCAUAAACGACCUUGUAGUUCUUGUGUAAUUGUGAAUCAUAGAAAGAUUGACCAUGGCAGGUUACCUUAUUAGCUA